AUAUCCUUUUCAAAAAAUUGAUGAUUCUGCAAAAACAUUCACCUUCAAAAAUCUCAACUUCUAUUCCAAAAUUGCCACUUAAGCAAAGAAGAAACUAACAACCCUCCUCCCAUUUUCUCUCUCCUAAAAUAUCCAAAAACAAUCUUCAUCUUCUUCUUCCUCAGAUAAUUUCAUCAAACAACUGAACUCUGCUGCUGAACCUGAACCCGAAAAUGGUGAGAGGAAAUGGUAAUAACAAAAAACAACAAAAGAGGAGGAGCAAAGCAGGUGAUUUUUUCAUGGCAACUUUGGUAAUUUGGGCACUGUCGGUGGGGUACGAAAUUGUGUUCAACAACAAGAAAGAGCUUCUUCCUGUUGUUUAUGGUUGCUUGUUCUUCCAAAUUGCGAACUGGGUUCUUCGUUUUUGGGUUUCCAGGGAACCCCUUUUUGUCAAUACUGUUGUCUCUCUCCUUCAUUCCUCUUUUGCUUCUGUUUCUGUUGUGUUUAUUUUGGUCAACCAAUGGAGUGCAAAGCAUUCCAUUCAGAUGUUUGAUCACGAAGAACUUGUUCGCAAUACUUGGCCAUGGGCAUACACAGCCUUAUGUUUCUCUUGUGGUUAUUUUGCAUAUGAUCAGUGGGAUAUGUUGAAAUAUGAACUAUAUAGUGGCUGGUUCCCAUCUAUCCUGGCACAUCACCUGAUCCUUCUUCUUUGCUUCACGCUUGCUCUGUAUCGGAAUGUCACCAUCAACUAUCUCAUCCUUACCCUUAUCUGUGAGUUGCAUUCAGUCUUCCUACACGUGAGGAAAGUGAGACGGAUGGCAGGGAUUAGGAGUGCAGAGAGUACAAUCGUGAAGGCGGAAUGGUUUCUAAACUGGCUCACCUUCUUCUUUGCUCGAGUACUACCACACGCGUUAAUAUUGAUCAAACUUGUAAUAGACGCCCCAAAGUUUGACAAGGGUGGUGUAGAACUCCCACUUGCUUUAUUCGGGAUGAUUGGAAUGAAUUUGCUCAAUAUCGGUCUAGGCAUCGACAUUUUGGGUGCUUAUAAGAGAGAAAAGAGUCCACUUAAUCAUCAUAAUGAUUAAACUGAGUACAAGAUUGAAGUUUCUGUAGUUUGUUAUGUUAUUUUCCUAGAAAGGAUUUAUGUAAAUUGUUGUUGGUAGUAGCCAAAAAGUGGAAAAAACUGGAGAAAAAAGGAAGUAUGAUGUGAAUAUUUGUUGAUUUGUUUUUGUAUUUAAAAAAGAUUUGUGAA